GGCAGGAAUACGGGGAUCUUCUGAUCCGGGGGGCCUUGCUUCGUUCUUCCGAGGUUCUGUCCUUCACAACAAAAAAGGAAUUGUGACACCUCUGAGCUGCAGUUCUUGAAGUGUCGCAAACCACAACGAUUCACCUACCACUGAAAACUUGCGAGAGAACGUCGCGGGGCAUAUCUCUGCUUGUACGAUAUCUUCAAAUUUCACACACAAGUCACAAAAGCUCGGCUUGUGGACAACAUGGCGGUCCAAGAUCUCCCGAUCGUUUUGUACACCUAUGACGGCUCACCGUACGGCCGACGGCUCGUCUGGUACCUGAACCUGCGCAAGAUCCCCUUCAAGACCUGUCACCAACCCCCCAUCCUCCCGCGCCCAGACCUGCAACUCCUGGGUCUGUCCUACCGGCGCAUCCCGUUGCUGGCCAUCGGGCGGGACGUAUACCUCGACACGCGGCUCAUCAUCGCCAAGCUCGAGCAGCUCUACCCCACGAGGUCGGGCCAAGAACAACAACAAUACCCGGGCAUCUCGCCGCAGACCCCCGAGCACCGGGCCCUCCAGCAGCUGCUCUCGCGCCACGUCAACGAGUCCCCCGGCGCGCUGUUCGGCCGCGCGGCACAGCUCAUGCCCGCCGACUCGCCGGCCCUCAGGAACGAGCACUUUGUCAGGGACCGAAACCAGCUCGUCACGGGCAAGCCGGACGGCAAGGCGUUCUCGCCCGCGAGCCUGGCGGCCGCGCGGCCGGCCGCGCUGGUCGAGAUUGCGCGCUUCGUCGAGCUCCUGGAGGGGACGCUCCUCGCCGACGGGCGGGACUGGGUCUUUGGUGGGCAAGGGCCGAGCCUGGGUGACAUCGAGGCCGUGUUUGUCCUGCACUGGCUGACCACCAUGCCUGGCGCCCUGCCCGCGGAGGUUGUCGGCGCGGGCCGGUACCCCAAGACGUUUGCGUGGAUCGCGCGGUUCGACCAGUUCGUCAAGAAGAGUGCCGCCAAGCCGGACGUCGUCAAGGGCCAAGAGGCCGCCAGCAUCGUGCUGGGUGCCGAGUACGCGGAGGAGCCGUCCGGCGGAGUACAGCGCGACGAUCCGGUCAUUGCUGCCGCUGGGUUCCAACCAGGCGAUGUGGUCACCAUGUGGCCGGUAGACCAGGCGCCCGUGAACAAGGACUCGGGUACGCUGGUCAAGAUGGAUGGCGUCGAGGUCGUCAUUGAGGUUCUGAGCAAAGACGGCAAGGCUGUGAGGGUGCAUGCGCCGAGGCAUGGGUUCAAGGUUGUCAAGGGCAGCCAGGCCGGGGCCAAGAUGUAGGCUCACUGUCCAUAGAAAUGAAAAAUCACAGCGACUUGGUAAUGGUCACGGGAAG